AUGGAUAAUACCAGCGGAGCAGCGAUUCUUAUUGGGGACCUCAAUGGUACUUUUCACGAUUCUAAGUGCAUCAACUACAGCAGGCAAGGAAACAUAUCUCGACAUUCAUUUGAUUUGAGAAGAAUGGUGGCAACCUCUGGCCUGGUGGAUAUUUCAGCGGCUGGUCUAAAAUUCACAUGGCGUCAACAAUGUAAGGAAGCAGGGGGAUUGAGUGCCCUUAAAAGAGCUAGGCUGGAUAGGUGUUUGGCUAACCCGGAUUGGAUAAUCAGAUUCCAUAAGGCAAUGUUGCUUAAUCUGGUUUCAUCUACCUCAGAUCACAACCUUAUUUUAUUGGAAACCCUGGGAGAUCAUGAAAAGAUUCGCAAGCCAUUUAGAUAUGAAAAUAUGUGGGAUUGUGACCCUAAUUGUGUUUGGGUCGUGAAGAGGGCUUGGAGAUUAGUUUACAAUUCCAUUCUCAUGCUCAAUUUCGAACAAAGGAAAAAGGCUACAAGAAUAGAACUUUCAAGAUGGAAUAGGCUCAAUCGAUUCAGAUGCAGAUUCGCAAAGCAAGAGAAGAUUUGCAACACAUAG